UACCUCUUUUCAAGCUUCUCCAAACUCUGAGGCCGCCCGCGUGGCUGCCUGAACCAUGUCCGGGUCGAGUCCGCUGCCAUGAUGGCCAUCACCACCCACACACCCUGUUCCAACACUGGAGCCGACAUAAGUACUACCUGUCCCCGUCUCUCUUCGUACUGGACCUCUCCCUCAGCUCGCAACACUUGACCGCAGUCUCGAUUGACCUUUCAAUCAUCCACUCUUUUUGAGCUCGUUCUGAUUUUCAAGGUCGUUGACCUUAGCCAUUCUUUAGUUCAACAACAACUACAACCACCUAAUCCACCAAACAUGCAAUACCUGUCCUACGCCCUGCCGCUGGCUGCCUUGGCCAGCGGCGCCUUUGCCAACCCGCUCGAAGCCCGAGGAUGGUCAUCUUGCCAGGAAAACUCCUGCUUGGCCGCUGUCACUGGCAAGGCCGCUCUUGGUGACGACCACCUCCGAGGUGCUCACUGCGCCAGCUUCUUGGCCACCACCGUCACUCCUCCUGCCGUCACCGUCACCGAGUCUGUUACUGGGGAAUGGUCCGACUGGAAGGCCAAGGCCAAGCGUGCCAGCGUGACCGUCUGCCCCAACGAGGUCCCCAACUACGCCAGUGCUUGUGACGAGGCUGCCUAUACCAGCGCCUGCUCAUGCUUCGGCUUCACCGAGGUUAAGACCACCACAAUUGCUCCCACCACCACCACCAAGACCGUCUACGUCGCUGCCACUGGCGGAUCUACUGCCACCGGUGGUUCCGACUCCGGCUCUGGCUGGGGUUCAGGCUCUGGCUCUGGCUCUGGCUCUUGCUCCGCCACUGUUACCAAGACCGCCACUGUUGUCUCUGGCACCACCUGCCCGGCUGGCAGCACCACCACUGUCACCGCCAGCGAAUGGGGCUCCUCAUCAUGCAAGGCUGGCUCAACCACAACUGUCACCGUCACCAAGGGCGGACCAUCCACUUCUGCGGCCACCACCACCACCGCCUCGGCCACACCAUCUUCAUGCAUCGUCACUGAUGCGUUGGCCAGCGCCAUCGCUGCCAACUUCACUCUCCUGCUCGAGUACACUUCCUACGCUGGUCAAUCCAACCCAUACAUCCCAGCUGGCCGAGGCUACAAGCAGGAUGUCUCUGAUGCCACACUUGCCGCCGACUUCAGCGACAUUUCAGACUCGAUCAACUUCAUGGCUGGCUUCCCUCUCGGCUCCGUGACUUUCGCCAGCAAGCAAGCCUUUGACUACGGCCAGGGCAAGCUCCAACCCGAAGCCAGUGUGUCCACCCUCAACGUCUGGCACGACUGCAACAGCAUCACCUGGAGAUGGAGACUCACUGCCAACCCUUCAGCAUACCCAGUCAACGGAAUCAACUACAUGAUCAUUGACAAGGACGGCAAGAUCCAGAAGAACUACGCCGAAUUCGACAACGGUGCCUGGCUCCAGUCCUUUGGCCAACAGUGUGCCACCCAGAACGUCACCGUCACCAGCCCUGCUGCCACCAAGCGAUGGGCCGUUGACAACACUCUGCUCCGCGCCCGUGGCUUCCAGAACUAAGCUACUCCCGCACUAUCACAGUGUAGAGGGCCUUUGGCCAUGAAGUGUUAAUAAUGGACGUUACACGCCCGGACGUCGUCAUUAUUUUUUGCAUGCAACAUUCUAAAGGGGCAUCAGCAUAGGCAAGGAAUAUUUGGGGGGGAAUGUUUGUUCAUUUCAUGUAUCAAAAAAAUGUUCUGCUUCUUUCUUUUUCGGAAGGCCUCAAAGAAUGAGUUGGAUGAAACGUUAUGGAAGACUUCAAUCUAAUCAUUCGGUAAUGCAGAACUCUUGACGGACUAAUGAAUGUCAUGGCAUCACCUUCAUGUACCUUUGAGUGUCGUCCUUUGAUCCUCCAAAUCUAUUAGUCCCCCCAAGCAGUGGUCUUAUAUCAGCGUUCGUCCGGUACCUGCAACGCAGCCCAGGCAAGCUGGCAACAGUUCUGUGGGUCGCACAGGGGCCAUCUCGGAGUGUCAUU